UCACACUAAACGCUGUUAGGCAGACACACAGGGCAGCCUCCAGCAGUGACUGACUCACUACUGGAAAAUAAACACACAGGCUUUGAACAAAUUCAUCAGGAACAAAAUCCCUGCUGCAAACAUCAGGCUUACCACAAUGGAGGAUUCCUGCCUACGCCGAUGUUACAGCCUGGAUGCUGGGUCAGUGUGUGAUAGGGAGGUGUUGAACCUAAACCAACAUGUGACCUUUGACCCUGAGGGCACUGACCCUACAGCAAACCUGGAGCCUUCCCCAGCUGAACUGGCUCAGUGUGAGGUUGAAGUCGGCAUGCUGCUCAGCAUCAUUGCUGAUCUGAACAAGAAGAUGGGGUCAUUAAAGGCACCAAGUGAACCAGGAGACCUGAGACCAUCAGGACCCUCCAGGCCUCUGGUUCCAGACCUCCUGUCCCACAGGCUGUCCAGUGGCUUCUCAGAGAGGAACAUCACCUCUGCUUCCACAUCUAAACCUCCACUGACCGACCGAGGGGGAGGUGGUGUAGUGUGGACUAAACUGGAGGAGGUUUUAACAUCAGUGGAGGACUCCAUCAGCUGUAAAAGGUCCUGGGCUGCCCCCAUCACAGCUGCUGACCAGAACAAACAAAGGGAGCAUUUGAGAGCCGCCCAGGAGAGCUGGGUGAAGUCCACCCAGAUGUUAGAGGAGAUGGAACUAGAGUUUGGGAUCUCAUGCCCACCAGGUUUGCCUAACGAGCAGUAUCAGGAGGACAUCCUGGAUCUGGAGAAGCGGGACACUGAUCUGGGUUGCAGCAUGCAGAGUCAGGAGGAGCUAAAGAGGGCACACAGCACCAUCAGCCAGAUGGAGGAGGAGAAGAACAAGCUGGUUGGUCUCCAUAAGUCCUGGAGGUCAGGCUGCCACUCUCCUUCCUAUCGGCCCACAGCUGGUACUCUCAGUCCAGACUGGAGCUCUCCUCCCUUCCCUGGUUCACCCUUACUCCAGAGACGGACAUCCAGAGCUGUGACGCCUCUGUCUGUGGGCGGGGAUGGUUCUCCAGGGGGCUCUAUGAAGUCAUGCAGUCCUUGUCCAAGCCCUAUACGCCUGGAAUCUGAGACAGAGCGACUGAACAGGUGCAUUGAGAGGCUGAGGGCCAGAAAUGAACGUUUGACUGCAGCUCUUGAGCGAAGGAAGGGAGAGUCAGAUCAGAUCAGUAUUAAACUAAACAGACUGGAGGCGGACUGCUCUGCCCUGCAGAUGGCUCUCAGAUACUGUGAGGAGUGUGAGGAUGCCUACAGCGAGCUCCUGUCACUUUAUGACGCCAAGAAGCAGCAAAGCAUUCCUCGGCAGACAGACUCAGCAGAGGCGGUCAGUGACAGGCAGCAGCCCGACACUGAAGAGCUGUCCACCUCCUUCUCAACAGCAGGAGUCCCCGAGGAAACAGAAACACAGAGUCACACAGGGCAGAGGACCCCUGAUUUUGGGGUGCGAGAGGCUGUUCUCCGUCAGCAAAUCGAGCGCCUGAAAACGGAUCGGGCUGCCAUUUGUCUACCUAAGCCAAGCCCAGGAGUUCAGAGCAAAAUGAGCCAUGAAUCUGGUCACCCGGCUGGAUCAAGAGGAGGACAUGUGACUAAAGAUGUGGCCAAACCUCCUGAUACCAAGAAAGAGAAAGCUUCCCUUUUCUAUGAACUCAUCUCUGUCAGGGAGGAGAUGUCAGAUUUGCGCGCUCUAAUCCGCCUGAAGGAGAAAGAGCUAAGGUGUCUGGAGUGGGGUUUAAUGGCCCAAAAGGCCCAGGAUGCAGCUGGAGCUUUCAUCCCAGAGAGCUUCAGAGAGGAGGCGGUGGAGGAUCCUGAGACCAAACAACAGAGGCUCUGUGAAAAUACAGCUCAACUAGGGAGUGAUGUGGAAAUUGCUGAUCCUCGAACCAGACCCAUUUUGAAAGAGCUGCAGGCCGUCCUGCAAAGGGAACAAGCCCUGAAGAAGAGAUUGGCUUUAGUCCAAGACUCUCUAAACUCAGCUCUGUCAGACAGCACCUCGCACAGGAAAGACAAUGGAGAGCAGACUGCUCGACUAACACAAGCUCACAGUAAAGCGUUGAGUUCGUACCGGCAGAUUCGCAGGAAGUACCGGGAGCAGGUGUGGAGGCUGGAGCAGAAAGUGGCAGCCAUGACGGAGAGUCACCAUCAUCAGAGUGGAGCGCCAAAAGCGGCAGGGGAGGCCCUGGAGUCGAGAAGGGAAGAGACAGUUUUAUGAUUCCUCGGUAUAUAAUGGACUACCCUGCUAAUUUCAAGCUAAUCAUAUGUAUUUUUAUAGUCUGUAAAGUAAGUCCCAUUUGAUGUAGAUAUAUAUGUUAUAUAGGGCAGUAGAACAUGGAGCACAUGGUCAGUUCUGCCAUUUCAACGCUUGCAAGAGUCACCAAUAAACUGAAUUGGAAUCCAAAGCUUAA